UCUCAGUCUGCUGGCGACCCGCGUCCUGUUGGCGUUGUUUCAUUCUCGUAGCGCACGACGGAGUGUAGUGUGAGUGCGUUUUGUGUGAACCCGGGGAUCUGUAUAGAAGAAACGGAAAUAAGCUCUCAUGUAGCGCUUCGUAUUUAUUUUUCCCGAACAUCUCUAUGGGAUUUUAUGUGAUGGAUGUUAUUUUUUUCGUGUGUCCUGUGUCGAGAAUCGUAGGAAAAGAUUACACAUGAAGUUUGAAUGUGGCGUGUGCUUCGAGAGAAUAAUGGGAUAAAAUAACACAGCAGUACGUAUUUUACAUAUUCUGGAGGCUUUUUAUCGCAACAGUGAUUAACUACCUUGUAAUUGGAUUAAGUGUUUCAUUUCUUCCUUCGGUGUGUCGUGUUGUGAUAUUUUUUUUUUAAUGAGACUGUCUUGUUUACACUAAUGUGUUUAUCUCGCGGAGCAAAGUAGAGUCAGUGUGAAGUGAGUUUGGUGGCGUUUCGCUGAUUGGAAUACUGGGGCAUGGUGUUCCAGGUCGACCCGCCGGUAGCAACCAACUCGCAAAGGGCCUAAAAUCAAAAUACUCGAGUUAUUUCAACAAGUUGUGUGCCAAGUUACCAUGAGGUAUCACGUCUGCAUUCUCUACGUCUCCGUGGUGUUGCUGGCCGGAUUGCAGCAGGUGCUGACCUCGGGCGUGUUCGAGCUGCGCCUCAAGUCCUUCAUCAACGACUACGGCAAGGACUCGGUGGGCCAGUGCUGCAGCGGCGGGCGGCCCUCGGCGGCGGGCGAGUGCUCGGGCCCGUGCCGCACGCGCUUCCGCGUCUGCCUCAAGCACUACCAGACGCGCAUCGACACCACGUCGCCCUGCACGUUCGGCGACGUGGUGACCCCGGUGCUGGGCGAGAACAGCGUGCUGCUCUCCGGGUCGGCGCGCGACGGCUUCCAGAACCCCAUCCGCUUCCCCUUCGACUUCCAGUGGCCGGGCACCUUCUCGCUGAUCGUGGAGGCUCUGCACGACAACAACGGCAACUCCAGCGGCGGGCGGACCGGAGGCGAGUCGCUCAUCACGCGCCUGACGAUGCAGCGCUGGCUGGACGUGGGCGAGGCGUGGACGCAGGAGGAGCACCGCUCCGCGCACUCCGUCAUGCGCUACGAGUACCGCGUCACGUGCGACGCGCAGUACUACGCCCCCGGCUGCACCACGCUGUGCCGGCCGCGCGACGACAGCUUCGGCCACUACAACUGCUCCGAGCUGGGCGAGCGCGUCUGCAUGGCCGGCUGGCAGGGCGACUACUGCACCAAGCCUCGCUGCCUGCCGGGAUGCCACGAGCAGCACGGGACCUGCCAACAGCCCAGCGAGUGCAUGUGCCACAGCGGCUGGAAGGGCCGGCUGUGCGACGAGUGCGAGCGCUACCCGGGCUGCCUGCACGGCACCUGCCAGAACCAGUGGGAGUGCCUGUGCGACGAGGGCUGGGGCGGCCUCUUCUGCAACCAGGACCUCAACUACUGCACCAACCACAAGCCCUGUCGCAACGGCGGCACGUGCUUCAACACGGGCCAGGGCUCCUACACGUGCUCCUGCUCCGCCGGCUUCACGGGCAGCGACUGCGAGCGCGAGGUGGACGACUGCGCGCGCCACCCCUGCCUCAACGGCGGCGUCUGCAAGGAGAGCGGCGCCGGCAGCUACCGCUGCGACUGCCCCAAGGGCUGGCACGGCCCGCACUGCGAGACCUCCACGCGCACCUGCGACGACCUGCCGUGCCGCAACUCGGCCACGUGCCAGGACGUGCCCGCCGGCUACGUGUGCCAGUGCCCGCCCGGCUACACGGGCGCCGACUGCGAGCACGAGGUGGACGACUGCGCGCCGCUGCCCUGCCGCAACAACGCCACCUGCGUGGACCGCGCGGACGGCUUCGAGUGCGUGUGCCCGCGCGGCUUCUCCGGCCCCACGUGCGAGAACAACGACGACGACUGCCACGGCAACCCCUGCCUGAACGGCGGCACGUGCGUCGACCUGGUGGCCGACUUCCGCUGCCAGUGCGUGCCCGGGUACGUGGGCGCGCUGUGCGGCGGCUUCGUCGACUACUGCCGGACCAAGCCGUGCGCCAACGGCGGCGCGUGCACCAACCUGGUGAACGACUACCGCUGCGCCUGCCGGCCCGGGUUCACGGGCAAGGACUGCAGCACGGACGUGGACGAGUGCAGCUCUGCGCCGUGCAGGAACGGCGGCACUUGCGUGAACCGCGUGAACGGCUACGCGUGCCGCUGCGCCCCAGGGCUGGGCGGGCCCCGCUGCGACGGCGAGGCCUCGACGACCAGCUCGACCACCCAGGCGGGCUGGCCCGCGGGCGACAUCUCGCGCCACGUGUCGGAGCAGGCCGCGCGCGACGCCGGCCUGUCGACGGAGCACGUGGUGGUGAUCGCGACGCUGUCCACGGCCGUGCCGCUGGUGGUGCUCGUGGCGGCCGUGGCCGUGGCGUGCGCCAAGAGGCGCCGGCGCCGCGAGAAGCGACGCGCCGACGACGAGGCGCGCAUGCAGAACGAGCAGAACGCGGUGCAGGGCGGCGUGGCGAAGCGCGCGGCGGCGGGCGACGCGCACAUGAUCAAGAACACGUGGGGGAAGUGCGUGAACAACGCGCCGGCCGGCGGCGGCGGCGGCGGCGACGACGGCGGCGGGGGAGGGGGCGGCGGGGACGGGGAACUGUGCUACCCGAAGCUGCAGGCCCAGGCCGCGACGGACAGUGGCUCCUCGGCGGGGCCGGUGUACUCGCUCCAGAGGACGUGGUCGCAUAAACAGUUGAACACGGACGCCGCGGUGCACCGGCCGUCCAACAGGGCGUCGGCGCUGCUGGGCGCGUCGGCCAAGCUGGAGAAGGACUACGACAACCUGUGUCCCGGGUUGCGCGUCUCCAGCACGCCCUCCUCCGACAAGAGGAUAUCCGUGCUGUCGGUCGACUCGUCGCUGUGUAACACGAGUGAUUCAUCGUUACUGAAGCGACCCCAAGACAAAGACAUUUCUAGUGCGUCGCCAGCGACGGCGGGUCAAGCUAGCAGCGUUUAUGUGAUAGACGAACAUUUCCACCACCCAGAAGGACUUCUCGCAACAGAAGUUUAGCCUUCGAUUUGGAAGGAAAAAAAAGACAGUUAUUUUGUGAUUGACCAUUGAAAUUUUUUUUCACGCGCGAGUGAGUGACACACAACGUAUUAAUGGUUGUUGCAAGCCCUUCCAUCCCCCUAUCUUUGUCGACAUUCUUAAAUGAAGUCGACCUGUCCUUUAUUUUUUUUCUCUUGGUGUGUGAGAGUUGUUUGACGCCGUGUGACUGGCUGCGAAGUGGUGUCUGCUCGAUUACAGAUCUCCCUAGCCUCCUUCGUUGACUGACCCGCCUCGCGAGUUUGGCGGACAUUACCUUACGAGGGGGAGAACGAGAAAACUAUUUACGUAAUGUCUACUUGUAUAGUUAUUUAUUUAUUUUUCUAAAUGAUAACACCAUCACAUGUUUCAGUGGAAAAUGUGGUUCUCCAUACUUGCAUAACAAGACUCUAAUCCGUCAAACCAGUGUUCAAACAAAUUUGUAAGCUUUGUUGUUGACCUUAUUUGCUACCUAAUUGUAAUAGGCAUUGUAGUUUCACUGUAUCUCUAAGAGAAAUUUCUUGGAACUUAAAAUAGGUACCUAGUUCAUAUUUACCGGUAAUUUUAUCAAUAGCAGACUCCUAAAACAAAAAAAAAAAAAUCUAAAAGAAAAUGUUUUAUAUAACCUCUCUGAUAAUAUUUGAACUAAAAAAAAUUAUUAUGUAGAGGAAUUUUGUAAUCUUUUGAAGAUUUUGAAGGAUUUAACAUUUCCAGUGAUUGAAUCUAAAAUUUGUUAUAAUGUGUGUGUUUGUUGUAUGCAUAUAUUAUUUUGCUUGAGAUCUUUUUUUCAGAUGAAACUAAGUCAAAUUUAAUAUAACUGUUGAUAAUCGUUCGUGUAUAAAUUUUUAUUGCAACAUUCUUGGGUAUUGAAAAGUUUUUCAUAUUGACUGAAUAAUGGUGACAAUUGUUUAUGCUGAUAGGUAAUUUUGCAUAUGUUGUAAUUUACUUAUGUGUGUGAGUGUAUGUAUGCUUGUGUGGGAAGAAAAUUUUUAUAGGGAGAAACCACAUUUAUUAAAGUAUUAGCUUUGAUGUGGGUGGUGAUAAUCAUGAUAAAAAGAAAUGACCAUGUUUGUUUCUUUUUUUGAACAAAGAUUUCAUGUUCCUGUCGUAUUAUGAAAGCUAAGUCAUUUUUGCAAAUUUUUGUUUUGGGUUUAGAAAGUGGUAUAGUUUUUGAAUGGCCACUUUUUACUCUCAGAAUUAUGUGUCACUUGUUGUAAUUUGUACUUACUGUUUUUGAACAAGUUGAAGUAAUAAUUGUAUAAAGUUAAACUGAAGAAAAUGUAAAUUAUGAUAGGUAUGUCAGCCAAUCCUGUUUUGUAACAUAGUGUAUAUUUAUAGUGAGAUCUUGUAAUAUUGUGUAAAUAUUUGAAAAAAAAUAUGUCAAUAUAAUUGUUCACUUUUUCCUUAAUAAAUUGUCAUUAUUUGGCUAUUUUU